AUGGUCCGUGGUAACUUACCAGCAAAACGUGCAUGGUUUACUCAAAAAAAGCAGCAUCAGUGGUUUGCCUGGGAAAAUACUAAUACUAUUAGAAUUCAUCUUCAACAAGAAAGUGAAGCACAUGAUUCAUAUAGUAAUCAUGAAGAUAGUCAUAAUAUAGAAGAAGAUAGUCAUGAUAUUGAUGAAAGUGUUAAUGAAAGUUAUGAAAAUGAAGCAACAUAUAUUAAUAGUUGGGAAGAUUAA